CCCGUUGAGCGGCGGCGGCGGAGCGAUGCCGGGGGGCCCGGCGCGGCGGGGCGCACCCGCGGGGCCAUGAGGGCGGGCUCCGGCCAUGGCCCAUGGCAGCGCCGCGGUCAUGCUGAAGUGCGUGGUGGUGGGGGACGGCGCCGUGGGCAAGACGUGCCUGCUGAUGAGCUACGCCAACGACGCCUUCCCCGAGGAGUACGUGCCCACCGUCUUCGACCACUACGCAGUCAGCGUCACCGUGGAGGGCAAGCAGUACCUGCUGGGGCUCUACGACACCGCCGGGCAGGAAGACUAUGAUCGUCUGAGACCUUUAUCUUAUCCUAUGACCGAUGUCUUCCUUAUCUGCUUCUCAGUGGUAAACCCUGCUUCAUUUCAAAACGUGAAGGAAGAAUGGGUACCGGAGUUGAAGGAAUAUGCACCUAAUGUUCCUUUUUUACUAGUAGGAACACAGAUUGAUCUUCGUGAUGACCCCAAAACUCUGGCAAGAUUGAAUGAUAUGAAAGAGAAGCCUUUAUCUGUGGAACAAGGACAGAAAUUAGCAAAAGAGAUAGGAGCCUACUGCUAUGUGGAGUGUUCAGCUUUAACACAGAAAGGACUGAAGACUGUUUUUGAUGAAGCUAUUAUAGCCAUUCUAACUCCAAAGAAACACACGGUGAAGAAGAGAAUAGGUUCGAGAUGCAUAAACUGCUGUUUGAUCACGUGAGAUACAUUUGACAAUG